UCGAAAUAAGACAAUUUUUUACAUGAAAUAAAUUCGAAUACAAAAUUUUUUUCUGUUCUAUAACACAAAAUAGAUAAGUAUACGAAGUUUGAAAGUCUUUCGGUACCAAAAACACUACAUAAAACAUAAAUGAAAACUGGUGCCCCCGUUUUGAACAAGAUCCAUAAUUAUUAUUAAACUGUAUUAAACUACAUAUUAAAACAUUAUUAUGCAACAGUAUUAAAACAUCUUCGUACUCACGAGAGGCAUUGCUCUUAGCCAGAGAAUACAAGAAAUGAUUGCUUAGGUCAUCAAAGUUGUUCCCCCUCUCAAUGUGAGAAAAGGAACACUGCCCACAAAUUGUUUCAAUUGGGAAUUUGAGUUGAUAGUUUCCUUCCCGGAUGAUAAUGAACACUUAUAUAUUGACAGUAUAAAUUUUGAAUAUGUUCUUCGUAAUAUGUUGAUAAUGAAAUGUUUUUGUUAAUUGAUUGAAUAAAAAAAAAUUGCAACUGUUUGAAGUAACCCCUCCCUCGUGAAAUAUCUAUAUAUAGCAGAAAAUGACGAGCAUAACAAAUGGUACUGUAUCUGCUACAUCUUUCAGAUGAUAUCAAGUAAUUAUUGAAAGUAUAUAGUCAACAUAUAUUAACUAAAUUUCUUCAUAAAAAAAGUCUAAAUGAAGACGUUCAUUAUGCCAAUAAAAUUCCCGGAAUAAAAUUACGGCGUUUAUUAAUAAUAAAACACCGGUUAUAACAUGUGUUGUUUUCGCGUUAGUUUUGGUAUGUGACGAGUAACAUCAAAUUUUGAGGCUGAUUAAGUCCAGAAAAGAGUGUUGUGCGGGAGAAGGAAAUGUCCCAUCAAAGAACAGUGCUGUCUCUGUAUAGACAAAUCCUACGUAUGUCUAGAGAAUGGCAGUCCUUGUCAGGAAACAUGCAAGACACACAAGAGGAACGCAAGUACAUCUUUGAUGAAGCAUGCACUCUGUUUCGUGAAAACAAAAAUGUGACCAACCCUACAGAAAUUGCAGAACAUGUGAGGGAAGCUGAGACGCGUAUUGCAUUAGCUCUGCACUAUCGCAUUCCGUAUCCACGACAGAUUCACCUGCAGCAGUCAAGUCUUCCCCCCAGUAAAAAAGGGAUAAAAUCUUUCAAGAAAUCACAGAAAAAAGCAGCUGAAGAAUCACAACCUAUUUAUAUGAAAUCCUACGGAGAGAAGAACUUUGAAAAUCGGUAGAGAUCUGCACGAUGCUGAAGGAAUUACUAGACAUGGCUAGCAAACUUGUACAGCUGGCAUGGCAACAAGACAACUCAGAAAACAAAGUGAAACAAAGAAAAAAAAGAAUCAUGUAAGAAAAACCAGCAGAAUUCUGAGACUGGCUCUGAGAAUCAACUUUGAGAACCAACCUAGUUUUUUGUAAACUGUUGGUUUGAUUGGCUGAUCUUAACAAUGUUCUGGAGAAUUUGAAACCAUAAGCUGUCAUGUCUAUCACUGUUUCUGUGUGUGUGUGUGUGUGUGUGUGUGUGUGUGUGUGUGUUAGUAUGUGUGCUUGAAGCACUCAUAAAAAAUCUGCUAAUAAUGGAAAUAGAAAAGAAACAAUAACUGCAACUGUCUCUAAUCUGGCUGUAAAAUAUUAACGUGUGUGUGUGUGUGAGUAAGUGAGUGAGUGAAUGAGUGUGUGUGUGAUUGUGUAAAAGUGUGAGUGUGUGUGUAUGUGAAUGUAUGUGUGUAUGACUCACAUGUAUGUGUGUGAUAUUGUAAAUUGAUUCCUGUACAGACAAACUACUAUGAUCAGGAUUUCAAACUAUAUUAACAUACUUUGUGUUGUACCUUAUUACAUAAAGGCACAUAACUCUAUUUGCCUCAGUCUGCUGAGCUGACAAUAGGUUCAAUGUCAAGUGUUCUAUUACUAGAAAGGACACACAACCAUGAAAUAAAAGAAAAUUAUUUCCCUAAAUUUAAAAGAACACAAAAGAAAUACCUUUAACAACAAUAAAUAGAUGCAAAACAAAACAAAAUAAAAUGUAUUUUAUAAAUUCUUAGAA